UCCCGCUGGCUGUGUUGACUGUCGCUUGAUGUUUUCAAGAUUGUGGUAUUUAACAGUGCCGACAGCUUCAUACGGACGCUUUAUCCUUUCUAAAACUACCACGGGUGUUUGUAAAGACUACCCCUCAUCGUACGGAGUGGUUUGGAGGCUUUAUUUUGCUAUCAGAAUGCAAAUCAAGGAAUGUAUAGUGUCUGCACCAGGGAAAGCUAUCCUCCACGGAGAACACGCUGUCGUGCAUGGCAAGGUGGCUCUGGCUGUAAGUUUGAACCUGCGCACAUACCUACGGUUGCAGGCCACAUCCACUAGUAAAGUCUGCAUCAAUCUCCCCAACAUCAACACUUUCCUCAGCUGGGAUGUGGCCGUGUUGAAGCAGCUCCUCCCUGACUUUGGAGCUGAGCUGGGGAAUGUGAAUGAGCUUGAUGCAGAGCUUGUCAGGAUGCUGCGAAACUUUGUUGGUGUAUCAAAUGGAACCUUGGAUACUCGCAGCAUGGCCAUCCUAGCCUUCCUCUACAUCUACCUCUGUGUCUUUGCCAAGUCAAGGGAGUUGCCCAGUCUGACGGUGUCUGUGUGGUCAGAGUUGCCAACUGGAGCGGGUCUGGGGUCCAGCGCUGCCUACUCUGUGUGCCUGGCUGCAGCCAUGCUUUCUGCCAGUGGGACCAUCCCUUCUCCACUGAGUGACCAGGAAAACACAGCCAGGUGGGGUGAGGUGGAGAUGGAGCUAAUUAACAGGUGGGCGUUUCAGGGAGAGAGGAUCAUCCAUGGGAACCCCUCAGGCGUAGACAAUGCUGUGGGGACAUGGGGUGGCAUAUUGAGAUACCGUUCUGGGAAGAUAACAGCCUUAAGCAGGGUCCCAAUGUUAAGGAUCCUACUCACGAACACCAAGGUCCCUCGCAGCACCAAGGUACUUGUUGCUGGAGUGAAGGACAAAAUGAACAAGUUUCCCUCUAUUAUAAACCCUGUACUGGAGUCUGUGGAUGCAGUCUCCUGCACCUGUGAGCAGACCUUAACAGAGAUGGCCAGCGACACCCCCACACCAGAGCACUACAAUGUCCUGGAGGAGCUUAUUGACAUCAACCAGCACCACCUGAAUGUGAUUGGUGUCGGACACACGACCCUGGACACCCUGUGCCAGGUCACCCUGGCCAGAGGUCUACACAGCAAGCUGACUGGUGCCGGAGGAGGGGGCUGUGGCAUUACCUUGCUUAGACCAGAAACGGAGUGUUCGGUGAUCCAGAACACGAUCCAGGACUUGAGAGACUGUGGCUAUGACUGCUGGGAGACCCGUAUCGGUGCAGCAGGUGUGCAGCAGCACUCUCCCCUCGCUGUGAAAGAGCAGGUCCUGGAGGUUUUGGCGCGCUACUGAGACUCACUGGCCAUGGGUGUGCCCAAUGCCUUCCCUACAGGGUAGCGGGGAGCUUAGCUCCAUGACUCUGGCCUACCAAGUCUUCUAUUGUAAACCUUUCUGGGAUAUGUGGGACGGUAGCGUCCCACCUCGCCAACAUCCAGUGAAAGUGCAGGGCGCCAAAUUCAAACCAACAAAUAUCUCAUAAUUAAAAUUCCUCAAGCAUACAAGUAUUUUACACCAUUUUAAAGAUAAAAUUAUUGUUAAUCCAGCCACAGUGUCCGAUUUCAAAAAGGCUUUACAGCGAAAGCACCACAAACGAUUGUUAGGUCACCACCAAGUCACAGAAAAACAGCCAUUUUUCCAGCCAAAGAGAGGAGUCACAAAAAGCACAAAUAGAGAAAAUGAAUCACUAACCUUUGAUCUUCAUCAGAUGACACUCAUAGGACUUCAUGUUACACAAUACAUGCAUGUUUUGUUUGCUGAAGUGCAUAUUUAUAUUUAAAAAAAAUCAUUUUACAUUGGCGCGUUACGUUCAGUAGUUCUAAAACAUGCAGUGAUUGUGCAGAGAGCCACAUCAAUUUACAGAAAUGCUCAUCAUAAAUGUUGAUUAAAAAUACAAGUGUUAUACAUGGAAUUAGAGAUAUACUUCUCCUUAAUGCAACCGCAGUGUCAGAUUUUUUUUUUACAUUACAGAAAAAGAAAACCAUGCAGUAAUUUGAGUACAGCAUUCACACAACAAAGCAGCCAAAAAGAUACCCGCCAUAUUGUGUAGUCAUCAUUAGUCAGAAAUAGAAUCAGAAUGCACUCCCAGGAAUCCCAGUUACACAAUAAAUGUUUGAUUUGUUCGAUAAAGUUCAUAAUUUAUGUCCAAAUAGCUUCUUUUGUUAGGGCGUUUGGUAAACAAAUCCAAACGCGCGUUCAGGUCCAGCCGAACGUCGGGACAAAAAUUUCAAGAAGAUAUAUGUAUAUGUGUCGUAGAAAAUUGUCAAACUAAGUAUAGAAUCAGUCUUUAGGAUGUUUUUAACAUAAAUCUUCAAUAAUGUUCCAACCGUAGAAUUCCAUUGUCUGUAGAAAAGCAAUGAAACGAGAGCAAACUCUCUCCUGGCCGCCCAAUACAAGCCUGUGGCACUCUGCCAGACACCUGGCUCAAUCCCCUCUCAUUCACCCCCACUUCACAGUAGAAGCUUCAAAAAAAGUUCUAAAGACUGUUGACAUCUAGUGGAAGCCUUAGGAAGUGCAAUAUGACCCCAUUUACACUGUAUAUUGGAAUGGCAAAGAGUUGAAAAACUACAGAACUACUUUCCCACUUCCUGGUUGGCUUUUUCUCAGGUUUUCGCCUGCCAUAUGAGUUUUGUUAUACUCACAGACAUCAUACAAACAGUUUUAGAAACUUCAGUGUUUUCUAUCCAAUACUACUAAUAAUAUGCAUAUGUUAGCAUCUGGGACAGAGUAGCAGGCAGUUUACUCUGGGCACCUUAUUCAUCCAAGCUACUCAAUACUGCCCCCCUGUCACCAAAAGUUAAGGAAUAACAGCGAACAAUAGAGUUGGCUACAGUAUGGGUUGACACGUAAAUAUUAAUAGCACUUGUCUAUUAGACUACCAACAGUCAAGACGCUUUGUGUCAGGGGAGGACAAUAGCUCAUCACACACAUCACUUAUUUUUCUAACUCUGAAAUCAUGCCAUUUCAUGAGGUCAUGAAACUAAUAUUGUAGGUGAACUAGGCAGAUCACAAGUCACUUUGAAAUGUGGUUUUCUAGUUUUCACUAUUGGAGUAUGAGCCUCCCCUGAAUAUUAACAGAAUAUUAUGAAUAAUAUUAACAGAUGUGGGUUUGAACCGUUUUUCUAGGUUUUUCAUGAGCUUUUCAUUAGAUGUCUAAAGCGGAUGCUGCAGAAGAGCAAGAAACACUGUGCUCAGCAGUGUGUCUAGCUGAUGGUUUUGGCAGAGAGAACUAGUAUUAAAAAACGAGUCAAAACGAACCCACUGGGAUUAAAAAAAAUUCAAAAAUUAAGACCGAUGACCAACCUUGACUUUAGUGCUUAUUUGUUUUCAACUCAAGAUUGGUCCAUCUGUUAUUUUUCAGUAUGCGGUUUUUCGUCGUGUUUUUGAAUAUCAGUACCUUCGUUGACGUCUUGUUAAUUUCAAAAGAGGGUGCCAUGAUCUGUUUGUCCAAUAGAUGGCAGCAAAAUGUAAGAAUUCACUAACCUCAACAGGGAUUGAGUGAGUCAGAGCAACAGGGACUGAGCGAGUCAGAGCGAUAGAUUGUCAUUCAGUGUUUGCUUCAGGUGUCAAUACAAUGCCAUGGCUGAUGCACUAUUUGUUAAACUAACCUUUUAAAACUGAAAACCUUCUAGUUCUAUGUGUCACAUAAAUGGUGUGUGGAUGUCUUUUUAAAGGAGCUAUUGCACACUUGGACACCAUCCAAGACUAGUUUUUUUAAUAUUUUUUUUACAUAAACCACUUCCUCAAGAAGCAUAGCACGGAAAUUGUUUUUUCAAGGUCCAAAGCAAAAAUUGUAUUUCUCCAUACUUUUUUUGUGGUGAGACCAUGUUUUUCUGAAGACAGCCCCUCAAAGCUCUUCUUUCCAAGAGCUGAGUAUGAAAUUGAAAAUGACAGCCAUUAUCUGAUUUCUUUGGUCAUCAAAUAUGUCUGACGCAUCAUGCCGCAGACCAAGAAAUGCAAGGCCUUUAAAAAUAACUAUUGGUAGGUAGGCUAGGCUACAUCUCUGCCUUUCACAUUGGUUUUCAUGUUUUGUUAUUUAUAUUAACCAUGAUAUGCUAGAGCAUGUAUAAGAGGGGGAAAAAAUCUAAUCUUGAAUCAAUGUAUUUCAGUACAUAUCAGAGGAGGCUGGUUGGAGGACCUAAAGGAGGAUAGGCUCAUUGUAAUGGAUGCAAUAAAUGAAAUGGAGUCAAACGUGGUUUCCAUGCGUUUGAUGCUGUUCCAUUAAUUCCAUUCCAGCCAUUACAAUGAUCCUGUCCUCCUAUAGCUCCUUCCACCAGCCUCCUCUGGUACAUAUGCAUCCCGUAUUUCUAUUGAUUUAUUUUCAAAAUUAGGAAAAGCAUUUGUUUUUGAUCAGUGUUAAUGUUGUGUGAGAAAGGUGGUGUAGCACAUGAGGAAUGGGAGGCUGGCUCUCCAAGGCUUAUCAGUGAGCCUGGAUUAAUGUCCUCUAAUGUGGAUCAACAGCUCGUGGCGUGCAGUGACUCACGCUUACUUUUGUGCUGACACACACACACACACACACACACGGGCAUCUUCAAAUGAUGUUUUACUUAACUGCUCAUCCUCUAAGCAUAACAGAAAUUUCUGCCUAUGCUGCAUUCGUAUAAGAUAUGGAUUAGCCUAAUUUAGAAAACUUCUCAUUUCGGGAAAGGUCAGUUGGGGAUAUCUGAGUCUUAAAUCUAAAUUUUUAUUUAAUUUUAAAUGUCAUGAAGAUUGAGUAGUGUGGACCUGGCAGUGUGUAUGAAUGAACGGCAUUUGUCACAUGCCCCCCCCCCCCCCCUCCAUCCCUUUCCGCCUGUCGCCCCUCUCGUCCCCCUGAAUUGUGUCAUCUUUAUGUCAGUGCUGCCCCCGUCACUGCUCUGCACAGUCUCCCCUAACCCCCGCUGCAAUUUAAUUACCACUGCACUUUUCAAUUGAAAUGGCAUUGACGAGGGGGGACAAGAGGGAGACAGCAGCCCAGCCGUGCCCGUUUCAUUUUAAGCUCCUCUUUCUUCUCUACUUUCUCUCUCCUUUUACCCCUGCGAGGCACAGAUGUUUUUUUUAUCAAUGUCAGUGCCAGCUUCUUUUUGCUCUGAUGAAUAGAUUCUAAGAAGGCCCUGACAUUAUUUCAGAUAACAGAAGGAGCAAUGAAAGGGGGUCAAGGAUAGAGGGAGAAUGACAGCACUGGAGAUGACAUGAAAAGCCAAAAGAGAGAAUGUGUAAAUUAUCUAUUUUUUUUGUGGUUUUGUUUUCACAAAGUGUGCAGUGUUUGAAUCAUUAUGGGAGAAUAAUAAGGGAUGCAGAAAUUGUACUGCUCAAGCAAAAGUAACGCAAUGGUUAAUUUUGUUAUGGAAAUGUUGUGAUCAUGAUCACUAUGGCACCACCAUCCCUCUGGUCUCAAUGAGCUGGUGAAAUGUUGUCAUGACCCAUUCACUUUCAACACACAAUUGGAACUGGCAGACAAUAUACCACUUUGUUCUUGGCCAUGACUGUUUGCCUAUACAUGUUUUUCCUUGCAGGUCAUUAUAUCGGUAUCUAUGUCAGUUGGAGAUUUUGAGUACAGUAUGUGGUCAUUAACAUUUAGUCGUUUCUUAGGAUCCCCAUUAGCUGUUGCCAAGGCAGCAGUGUGUGCGUGCAUGUCCAUCCUCUCCCAGCCUACAGGCACAGACAGACGGCUGACUAACAUCAGCCCCCCCCACCACACACUCAUUAGGGCUCUGUGACCCUCCUGUGGGGAGGUUGCCCUUUUAGGGAAGUGACGGGGCGGAGGGGGGCAGGGGCAACUGGCUGUGGUGAAAGCAGGCAUCUGCUGACCCUAUUAAAGCCAGUGGGGUGUGGUGGAAUCUGUGACAGAAUUCCCCAGAGUCCAUGCUUCAUUUGAAGAGGACUGAAACAUUGGUACCACUUUGGAAAAACAAUGGGUCACUUGUGACUCACGUGAGCACUAACAUAACUAGACAGAGUUACCAGAACUACAUCAACAGGGAGCGUUGACCACCACAGCACAUGACUAGUGUCCACUCCACAUACCAUAAUCAUGUCAUUACAUCGAUCAGGUAACUGGUUGUGUGAAGUAGUGGAAGAAACCUGCACAGUAGUAUGUCAUCUCCUUUGUGCUGGCAGCUCUUGUUUUAAUUGCAGGCUAAGGUUUCUCUUUUUCUUGUUGCCUUUGAAGAGCCUUGUUGAUUUUUAUACCACCCCUCAACUCUGCUCUACUCGGUUUAAGAGCAAAUCCCUUAUGGCAAAGUUACCAGGAAUGUAAAAGCAUAAAAUUGUCAGCAAUAUUUUUUUAAUUAUUUUUCCGCAAGACUGAUGUGCAAUCGAGACGUUUUGACAUUGAAGUUUUGAAAAAUUGGGCUCCUCUGCUUUUUAAAAAGAGUGAGAGGAAGUAUUGAGGCUGUAUUUUUAUUCCUGCGGUCUGUCUCGUAGAUGGGUCAGCUCAAGGGCUAGCUCAUCGCCAACUCUGUUAAAAAAUAUGUAUAUUUUCUACUGAAUGAGUCAAGUGCACCCCAACUCUAAAGCAGCUAUGCUCCUGUUGUUAUGGUUAAAUGAACUGAACCUGUCAAAUCCCCACCAAAACUUUGGCAAUAAUGAUUUCUCAGGUUGUGUAGUUGUCUUCUGUGGAAUUAAUGCUAUCUACUGUGGCAUUUGGGUGAAUAUGCUAGUAAAUGAUAUUGAAGUGGUUUCUCUUGAUGUCUCUCGGUUAUGAAGCUUCAAUCAGAAAUAUGUACAAUUCAUUGCAUCUAUUGUAAAUCUAGAGACUCAAACAUUGAUGCCAAAUCUUUAAUCAUGCAACCACCCGCGUUAAGAACCUGGCAUAGAACUCAAUGCAAUUACACUUGGCUUUCUAAAGAACCCAAAUAUCCAAGCAGAAAUUUGAUAAGCUGGCUAUUAUUAAAUGAAUGCUAAUCUAACUUGCAUACUUUGAACUGCCUUUUGAAUAGAAGAUACACUCAUUGUCCUUGGGAUACCUGCCAAUUUAAUUUAAUCCUGCUGUGUGUCGCCGAGGUUUUGAGAGGAUGAAGAUCUUCCUAUUUAAUCACGUCAUCAGUGUGAUUGACGGCCUGUUAAAGCUCAGUCAACCGCUCAUACUUAAAGAUUCAGCAUUAAAGUGAAUAAAUCAAGGUGAA